GUGGGGAGAGGCGGGCCGGUGGGCGGAGCUUGCGAACGUAGUCUCCAGUUGGGCUCGCACUUUCUUACUGUGGAAUCCGGGGAGGCUACGAAGAUUUUGAUUCCUCGUUCUAGUGUCGGUUUCUAGAUCGCCAUGGCAACUGGACAGAAGUUGAUGAAAGCUAUUAGAGUUUUUGAAUUUGGUGGGCCAGAAGUGUUGAAACUCCAGGCAGAUGUUGCGCGACCAAUUCCAAAAGACCAUCAGGUUCUAAUCAAAGUCCACGCUUGUGGUGUAAAUCCAGUGGAGACAUAUAUUCGCUCUGGUACUUAUAAUAGACUACCAACCUUGCCGUAUACUCCUGGCUCAGAUGUGUCUGGGGUAAUAGAAGCUGUUGGAGACAAUGUAUCUGCUUUCAAGAAAGGUGACAGAGUUUUCACUACCAGCACGGUCUCUGGGGGCUAUGCAGAGUAUGCUGUUGCAGCAGAUCACACAGUUUACUCACUGCCAGAAAAGCUGGAUUUUAAACAAGGAGCUGCUAUCGGUAUCCCUUACUUCACUGCGUAUCGAGCUCUCUUCCUCAGUGCUCGUGCGAAAGCUGGGGAAACUGUUCUGGUUCAUGGAGCUAGCGGAGGAGUUGGACUAGCAGCAUGCCAAAUUGCUAGAGCUUAUGGCUUAAAGGUUUUGGGUACAGCUGGUUCGGAGAAAGGUCAAAACACCGUUUUGCAAAAUGGAGCCCACAAAGUAUUUAAUCACAAGGACGUUAAUUAUAUUGACGAAAUUAAGAAAUCUGUUGGCGAUAAAGGAAUUGAUGUGAUUAUUGAAAUGCUAGCUAAUAUAAAUCUUAGUAAUGAUUUGAAACUUCUGUCACAUGGAGGACGAGUAAUAGUUGUUGGCAGCAGAGGUCCUAUUGAGAUAAACCCACGGGACACCAUGACAAAGGAGUCUAGUAUAAUUGGAGUUUCUCUGUUUUCAUCAUCCACGGAGGAAUUUCAGCAGUCUGCAGCAGCCCUUCAAGCUGGGAUGGAAACUGGUUGGUUAAAACCUGUAAUAGGUUCUCAGUAUCCACUGGAGAAAGUAGCACAGGCUCAUGAAAAUAUCAUUCAUGGCAGCGGGACUGCUGGAAAAAUGAUCCUUCUCUUAUCUGAUUAGUUCUUUCAUGUAUUUGCUGUGUAAUUAGAGUUUUCCUCCACCCACAUUUUACUUACACUAUCUUUGUUUUAAUUAGUAUUCAUUUGACUCAAUAGUUUCUUAUAUUAAAAAGCAAGAUUUUUCUUUAGAGAUCAUGGGUAUUGGAGUAAAAUUGUUAGUUUGUAUCUUCUGCUUUCAGCCAAGGAGUCAUCAUUGUUGGAAACAGAAUGUUAGUGUCUGGUUGACAUUCAGAUGCAUUCCAGGAAUUCUGAACUGAUAUUUGAUGAUUAGUAACUUUGACUAAAACAUGCUAAUUCAAAAUAAAGAUUUCCAUGCCUACUUAUUCAUAAAAA